UGCUCGUCCACGAUGGUGUCGCAGCAUGCGAUGAACGACCCGACGGCAGAGGCAGCACAAGCGUACAUGAGGGCCAUGAAGCGCGCGGCGAUUGACUACGCCGCAGGCUGUCUUGGUGGGGUCAUGGGAAUCAUUGUCGGACAACCGUUUGACACGAUCAAAGUGCGAUUGCAAACCCACGGUUCUCACUACGCGAGCCCGUGGCAUUGCGCCCGCCACACGCUACAAUACGAAGGCGUACGUGGGCUGUUCAAAGGUCUCGUGUCACCUCUUGUUGGCAGUGUCCCUAUCAAUGCGGUGGUGUUCGGUGUGCACGGCAGUACGUUGCCCAUUUUGGACAAAACGGACACGCCCUCGCUUUCUUCCAUCUAUUACGCUGGCAGCAUUGCUGGAUUUGUACAGUCGUUCAUCGUGGCGCCCACUGAUUUGGUGAAGUGCCAGCUACAAGUCCAGGACGGCUUCCAACGUGGCGGCCAACGUGCCUUUGCAGGACCUAUAGAGUGCAUACGACACAUCACCGCGAAACAUGGCGCCCGAGGCAUGUUCCAAGGUGUGUGGCCGACAGUUCUCAGAGAUACCCUCUCGUACGGCGUCUACUUUUACGUGUAUGAAGCCACGCUACGGCAUCUCCAAUCCCAAAGGGCCAACGGCCUUAAGUCCAACCCGACCCAGGACGCCGCGUCAAUGUUAUUUGCUGGCGGGUGCGCAGGAGUCGUGAGCUGGGCAAUCAUCUACCCCUUGGACGUCGUCAAGUCUGUCAUUCAGAGCCUUCCGACGACAGCCCCCAAGUCGGACCUGAGCCUUCCCCGUCAAGCCAAGUUGCUCUACAGUGUGCAUGGCUUGCGCAUCUUUACCAAGGGCCUUGGCACGACCAUGCUGCGGGCGUUCCCAGUCAACGCCGUCACGUUUUACGUCUACGAAAUGACCAUGGCGGCGCUGUCGUGAUGCACAACCUGGCGGCAGCGCGAUGGAGUGUGUGGUAUGUAGUUAUUGCGUUGGUUCCUGGUGAACCGUCGAUGCUGAAAAGACAUUUUACACUUGUAAAAUUUAAUCUUGACAUAAUUCAAAACAAGGAAUACAUGUACAACGGCCCC